AUGUUGCACGGAGCACCGACGUCUUCACUGUCAGCUGAGGCCACCACACGCGCCACCACACUGACCACGACUCUGCAACAUCAGGAUCACAAGGCCGUUCUUCUGGCAACAGCUCGAGUGAACAUCGCCGAUCGAGACCUUGGCACAACGCCUUCGCCUUCCUCGAGUUUCGACGGAUCUUUCGAUCUUCGGCAUCGGAGGGACCCGCUCAGGAUCCGCUCGAGGCAAAGUAACGCUGCACGUAACGUCAGACGUGACCAACGCCGAGCUCAGCGUGUAGCCUUUGUGCUGCCUCGCAUAUCACUGCAGCAAGGAUCAGUCUCACGAGGAGAACGCAGCUGGCCUCAUCUCAAGGGACUCCAACUGGCCGAUCCUCGUUUUUUGGACGACGACCCAGCUGAGUUACUCUUAGGAGCCGAGGUCUAUUCCUUGAUCCUCGAGGAGGGCCUCCGCAAAGGAGAUUCAAGGAUGCCGAUCGCCCAGCAAACAAGCCUGGGGUGGAUCCUCUCUGGCGGAUACGACGCCGCAUCAGUCAACGGACAUCGCCGCACAUUCCGAUGCACCGCCGAUCAUGACCUCGCCGACCUCGUUCGCCGCUUUUGGGAGCAGGAGAGCGAGCCAAUAUCUCAGGCUCCACUCACUCCUGACGAAACCAAGUGCGAGGAGCUUUACGUGCGCACCGUCACACGCACGCCCACCGGAAGAUACAUGGUGAGACUGCCUCUUGCAUCACCGCCGACGACUCUUCAAGACACUCGCCGCCCUGCGGAGCACCUCCUGAAAGCCAUGGAGUCCAAGGGCAGCCGAGACCCUCGAUUUGGCGACCUCUAUCGCAGCUUCAUGCAGGAAUACGAGGACCUGCAACAUAUGAAGAGGGUAAAUAUCGCAACAACAGCUGAGAAGAUCAGAUGCUACUUACCGCAUCACGGGGUCCUGAAGGAGGCGAGCACGACGACGAAGCUCCGAGUCGUGUUCAACGGCUCUCAACGGACACGAACUGGGAACUCGCUGAAUUCGCAUCUGCUGACUGGGGCGAAUUUGCUGCCCGCUCUCACCGACGUGCUGCUGCGAUGGCGUUGGCACCGAUAUGUCUUCGUCACAGACAUCGAGAAGAUGUAUCGCCAAAUUCUCGUACAUCCUGAGGACUGCAGCCUUCAAACGAUACUGUGGCGUCAACACCAAACGAACGAGAUCCAGGAGUACGAGCUGCUGACGGUGACCUACGGCAUGGCGUGUGCACCGUUCCUGGCCAUCCGAACGCUGCGACAACUCUGUGCGGACGAAGGGGCGCAGUUUCCUCAAGGGGCCACAGCACUUCGGCGAGAUUGCUAUGUCGACGACGUAGUCACCGGAGCGGACGACCUCGGCGAUGCCGUCAACCUCCAGACAGAGCUGCGCAAUCUCUGCAUGGCGGGCGGAUUUCCGCUGAGGAAGUGGGCUUCAAACAAUCCGGACGUCCUCAGCGGAGUCCCACAGGAGCACCGGCUGCAGCAAGGACCACAUUCUUGGGACGACGAGAGCCAUUCGACCUUGGGUCUGCGAUGGCAUCCUCAAGAAGACCGGUUUGCCUUCGCCAUACAUCCUCGUGUAGUCAGCGAGUUUACGAAGCGACGCGUCCUAGCAGAGACUGCACGGCUGUUUGACCCGAUGGGCUGGCUCGCACCUGUCGUGAUUCGGGCGAAGAUCCUGAUCCAGACCACCUGGCUUCAGCAACUCGACUGGGACACUCCACUACCUGCCAAGGACGUCAAACGUUGGCAACAGCUGCUGAACCAGCUACCUCUGCUCAGCAACAUACGGGUGAAUCGCUGGCUCAGCACCGACAGCGAUUACUCCACGUUGCAGAUCCACGGCUUCGCAGAUGCAUCAGAGCGAGGAUAUGCUGCCGCCGUUUACAUCCGCAACUCUGGAACGAAACAAACCACCAUCAAUUUAAUCAUGGGGAAAUCCAAAGUCGCGCCCGUCAAGCCAGUUUCGUUGCCUCGCCUUGAACUGUGCGCUGCUGUGCUACUCACCACGUUGACGUUGCAUAUCCGAAACACCCUCGGCUUGACAUCAACUCCAGUGCACCUGUGGUCCGAUUCCAAGGUCACUCUCCAUUGGAUCCAGGGACACGCCGCUCGCUGGAAAACGUUCGUCGCCAACCGGGUGGCUCACAUCCAGACUCAGCUCCCGGACGCUCAGUGGAGACACGUGGCCGGGAAGGACAAUCCUGCAGAUUGCGCAUCACGAGGAAUUAAUCCGGAAGAGCUAGUCAAUCACACGCUAUGGUGGACGGGACCUACCUGGUUGGCACUGGACGAGACAGCAUGGCCCAGCUCAGAGGUCCACAUCGCAGAGGAUGACCUUCCUGAACAGCGCACCACCAGCCUGAUGACCAAGGGCUCCGUCGUCGUCGAACCGGACAUCCUUCUUCGGUUCUCUGCGCUUCAUCGGCUGCUACGCGUUACGGCCUGGUGUCGUCGAUGGCUCAACGUGGCGAGCCGAGAGGUCACACUUGGUCGUCCGCUGCAUCCUGACGAGCUGGACGCCGCCCUACUUCAGUGGCUUCGAAUUGUGCAGGCACUCCACUUCCCGGACGAGAUAGCCGCUGCCACUGCGGGACGUCCCGGUCCACCACGCAGUUCACUGAUCAAACUCAGUCCAUUCCUCGACGACCAAGGUGUACUGCGCGUAGGAGGGCGCCUCAAACACGCUCUGCUGCCUUACGACGAGAAGCACCCGGUGAUCGUUCCGCCGGCCUCCUGGAUGACGCGACUGCUCAUCGAGUCCUGCCAUCGUCGGUCUCUACACGGCGGCGUCCAGAUGACUCUCGGCUUGCUUCGUCAUCGAUUCUGGGUGCCACGAGGAAGGACCGUCAUUAAGCAGCAACUUCAUCGGUGCGUCACUUGCACUCGCUGGCGAGCGGCCACUCCACAGCCUCCAAUGGGCAACCUUCCGCGUGACCGAGCUAUCCACCUCGAAGUCGUCUCGGACUACAGUUCCGAGGCCUUCAUCGCCGCCUUACGUCGCUUCGUUUCCCGCAGAGGCCUGUGUACGGACGUGUACAGCGACUGCGGCACGACGUUCGUCGGCGCCGAUCGCACCCUGCGCGAGCUCUUCAAGGCGUCAUCUUCCGAGGGCCAUCACAUCGCUCGCGCCGCCAACAAUCAAGGGAUCCGCUGGCACUUUAAUCCGCCAGCGGCCCCUCACUUCGGUGGUCUGUGGGAGGCUGCCGUAAAAUCCACAAAGUUCCACCUCCGUCGAGUAAUCGGCGAAACCACCCUCACAUAUGAGGAGCUUAGCACACUCCUCACGCAAAUCGAGGCGUGUCUUAAUUCUCGUCCGUUGCAGGCUUUAUCAGACGAUCCGGACGACACUUCGGCGCUCACACCAGGCCACUUCCUCAUCGGGGCGCCACUAUUAGCCGUACCUGAGCCAUCGUCGACUGGUCAACCAGCAUCCACACUGUCACGCUGGCGUCAUCUCCAAUUGAUGCGAGACCAUUUUUGGCAGCGUUGGUCAGCGGAGUACGUGCACGGCCUCAACCCCCGCACCAAAUGGGUCAAGUCCGAGGCCGCACCUCACGUGGGAGACCUCUGUCUCAUUCGUUCGGAGCUCACCCCUCCGACCCGAUGGCCCCUCGCACGGAUCACGAGACUGCAUCCCGGGGACGACGGUAUCGUCCGCGUGGUUUCGGUCCGCACCGCCACAUCCGAAUUCGUGCGCCCGCUCGUUAAAUUAGUCAUGCUUCCGGGCGCGGAUCGUAUUCCUGGCAUGACUAACGCGGACACAUCGUCCGCCGGCACAUAAUUCAUCUCGCGACACUUUUCACCUCACGCACUGUAUCACUCAUCACAUCUCAUUUUCUUUCCUCAUUUUUAUCUCAUUACCGCACUUACAUUUCAUCCAUCACCGCACUUACAUUUGUU